AUGCCCACGGAAGUUAGAGGAAGCGACCGUGUCGUGCCAGUAACCCUUCAAAUCGUAGCGAGUGCAAUCAUAACCAUCCGCGAAACAUAUUUCGAUAUCAUCUGUGCUAUGCUACUAUCUCUAUCGGUCGAGGUCGAGAUUCCCGCGGAAUGCUCACAAGAGACAAGGCAGUUCAUUAUGAUGCCGAACAACAUGAUAUUUCUCGCAAUCGAAAUUUUGAUGGCCAAGUUAUACGUCAAUAGCUUUCUUGCAAUGAUGAAUGCACGAGGGGCUCUUCGCGAUACAUCACACAAGCAAUCUCCAUCUGUCUCUCGCUCCACUCAAAGGACGGUAGCUGUACAUGUGGAAGAGGAUCGCCGAGUCAUCCAUGACUUCGAGAUGUCUCCACAAUCACCCUUUGACAAGGACGUUAUGGAUAUCACCAAGUCGGACACCAUUGCCGUGGCGCUGUGA